GCCCCGCCCCUGCCGGCUCGAAGCGAUCCUGCCUGCCGGGUCGUCCUCACUUCUCUUUCCCCAGUCUGGCGGCUUUCCCCUGCGUUUCUGAGUCUCUGCUCGCGCACGUCGCGGGAUCCAUGUCGCAAUCCAUGGCCAGGCCUACGGGGCUGAGGAGCUGGGCGACCUCCCGGCUCUUCGCUGCCGUUAUUUUACUUGACCUGGCUGUCUGUAAAGGAUUUGUAGAAGAUCUAAAUGAAUCAUUUAAAGAUAAUCGAAAAGAUGACAUUUGGCUUGUUGAUUUUUAUGCACCCUGGUGUGGCCAUUGUAAAAAACUGGAACCAAUUUGGAAUGAAGUUGGACUUGAAAUGAAAAGCAUUGGUUCUCCAGUUAAAGUUGGAAAAAUGGAUGCUACUUCCUACUCUAGCAUUGCUUCAGAAUUUGGAGUUCGAGGUUAUCCAACAAUUAAGCUAUUGAAGGGGGACUUGGCAUAUAAUUACAGAGGACCACGGACUAAAGAUGAUAUAAUUGAGUUUGCUCACAGAGUGUCUGGAGCUCUGAUUCGGCCACUUCCAAGUCAACAAAUGUUCGACCAUGUACAGAAGAGGCAUCGGGUAUUUUUUGUUUAUAUUGGUGGAGAAUCACCCUUGAAAGAGAAAUACAUAGAUGCUGCAUCAGAAUUAAUUGUAUAUACAUACUUCUUUUCUGCCUCAGAAGAUGUGGUUCCUGAGUAUGUGACACUGAAAGAGAUGCCUGCUGUGCUUGUUUUCAAAGAUAACACUUACUUUGUUUAUGAUGAGUAUGAAGAUGGUGAUCUGUCCUCAUGGAUCAGCAGGGAGAGAUUUCAGAACUACCUUACUAUGGAUGGCUUCCUUUUGUAUGAACUUGGAGACACAGGAAAGCUUGUGGCCAUUGCAGUUAUUGAUGAGAAAAACACAUCACUUGAACAUACCAGAUUAAAGUCAGUUGUUCAGGAAGUUGCUAGAGACUUCAGAGACCACUUCCACAGAAAUUUUCAGUUUGGCCAUAUGGAUGGAAAUGACUAUAUAAACACUUUGCUGAUGGAUGAAUUGACAGUCCCAACCAUAGUUGUACUGAAUACUUCAAAUCAACAGUACUUUUUGCUAGAUAGACAUAUUAAGGAUUCCAGUGAUAUGGUCCAGUUCAUUAACAGCAUUUUGGAUGGUACAGUACCAGCCCAAGGAGGUGAUAGCAUUUUGCAGAGAUUGAAAAGAAUAAUGUUUGAUGCCAAAUCUACAAUUGUUUCCAUAUUCAAGAGUUCUCCACUUUUGGGCUGCUUUCUCUUCGGCCUGCCACUUGGUGUCAUCAGCAUUAUGUGCUAUGGAAUCUACACAGCUGAUACAGAAGGAGGCUAUAUAGAAGAGCGAUAUGAAGUGUCCAAAAGCGAAAUGGAAAAUCAGGAACAAAUAGAAGAGAGAAAAGAGCAGGAGUCCAUCAGUGGAGAAUCUCUAGAGCCUGCUAUGCAAGAGCCCAAGGAUGUAUUAGAAAAGAAGAAAGAUUGAGACUUCAGAGGAAAAAAAUUGAUAGGAUUUCAAAUUAUUAAAGAGUAUUUAUUGAAUUUAGAAAUUUAAUCAUGAUCUAUUUACAGAAGAGAACAUGUUACUUGUAUUUUGCUAAUAACAACUGCAUGAAUUAAAGUAAUCCUUCCAUAAGUGGGAACCUAUUUGGAGCACAGAGAUGAAGAGUUUGUUUAAAACAAAACCAGAUCAUUGUGUCAGUUUACCUUAAAGAUGCCCAUUCUGUUCACACUCCUUUGUGUGCAUGUUCUAUGACAAAGUUAAAAAAAAACUUUGACAGAAUAUUAUCUUGACAAUUGGGGUGGAAGAUAUGUGGUUUUACAGAGAGAAAUAGUGUUUCACCUACUAUGUCAAGUCUCCUAUAUUUUGGAUAAAAUUUAUAUAAACAAAUUAAGUCUUUAAAAUUUAGAUGUUUUAAGAGAAACUACUAACUUUUUCCAUAUAUAUAAUUUAAGAUUCUGAGUUUAAAAAUAGUGAGGAUUUUAUAUAGCAUAGUGAUUUUAUUUUAUUAGUUGUUUUUAAAGGAGAAAUGUUACUUUUUUACUUAUACUCAGUUGCAUUAUUAUAAUACUGGCUUAUGGUCCAAUGAAGUGGGGAGAGAAUCUUUGACCUUUACAGAAUGACCAGGGUAUGUGUGGAGUGGUGGCUUUAGCCCCUGCCCUAUGCUGCUCAGCAGGGUGCACUGUCCAUCACUGCAAGAAGUAGAAGCCCUCUUAGAACACCUUGCUUUUAAGCAAAGCAACGUAGUAUUUUGUUCUUUUAUUUUUAUUUUAUAGCGUGACAUUACUUCUAAAAUUUCUAUUAGUUAAGAAUGUUUUCAGAAGUAAUAAAACAUGUUUUUAUGAUAUAUAAACUAAUAAUUUAAAAAUUACUGCCACACCUCUAUUGUGGGAGGCCAUGACAUGUCAGUGAUACAAUCAGCAUAUUAAACUUGGAUGUCAGGAACAAAGAGAUCCAUGUUCCCUUCUCUAGCCUCUCAACUUUGCCUCCGUGAUAUUCAUGACCUCUCAUCUUUGAUCAGAAUGCAGUCUACUGUCUAAGAGUGGGUAUUUUGUGAUAACAUGUUUACUAAACAUUAAUUUGUUAAUUUUGAAGCCUUUAUUUUAGCUCAUCUUAGAAUUUUUAUUAGAUAAUAUUUAGGUGGCUGUUCUUUGAGUAAUUUAGGAUUUAUUGAAAGGAUCUGCUGAACAUUUGCAAACAUGGUUUACAGUUCUAACACUGUUGUUACUUAGGGCUUUUUUGGUAACCAGGGGAGUUUCUGCCUUCUGAUACAAUAUUAAUCAACACUGAACUGAAACUGUCUGUAGAGCCAGGAAAUUGCUAGUCAUAAUUUGUAGCCAGGUAUUCUUUUCAUGUUUUAAAAAAACAUCUAUUUUUAAAAUUUAAUCAACCAUAAUUAACUUUAUUGAUAAUGGUAUAAAUAUAAAGUCACAGGAAAUUUCAGAAAAUAGAAAAUAUUUUCAAAUGGAAGCUGGAGGUAAACACUGUUCAUAAUUGCUGUGAAAAGUAAACUCCUCCAAAGAAUAAAGACUCCUUGUGAAGACUUCAUGGUAGUUGUCCGAAUGGAGGAAAGACCUGAAGUUUAUACAAGAUGAUUCAUUUAUGAUACUCUAUGGCAUCAUGAGAGAGACAUGAAAUAGGGAGUACCACUAAUAAAUUUUAUUAUUUUCAUCAUUAUCAAAAAUUAUGUGUAUUUUGUCUUAUCAAUCAUAACUUGUAAAUAAGUUCUCAGUAGGAAAAAAGAUAAGGCAUAGCUUUGUAUCAGUAAACAGAAACACAGAGGUAGUUUUGGGGAAUUUUGUUUGGUUUUUGUUUUUUCAUUUGUUUUCUUUGUUUUUGGCAAUACUUUUCUUGAAUGAGUAUUUUGGUUCUGUAUUGUGAAACAACUUCAUUCUGAUCCUCAGUUUAUUUGUACUUUCAAAAUGUUUUCAUUGAGGAAAAAAACCCAAUGUGUAAGUGGUUUAUAAGUGAAAGGUUUCAUUUCUUCUUGUAUUAAACUUAUACUUUUUGCUUAUUCUUGAGGAUAUUUUUAUCUGCAUUGUCAGGUUGCUCACAUAACAAAAUUUAAAGUUUGUUCACGCAUGUGUUUUUCUCAUUGAUGUGUUAUUCUAAAUACUGUUUGCUUACCAGAAGAACAUACUACAGAAUCAAGGCAGCUUCUUCAUAAUCUAGGAAAAGAUUGAUCCUCUAAUUCAGUGAUAAAUUUCAUGGUUAAAUACCAACAAAAGAGUCCUUUCAGGAAUUGGAAUUCCACCUUUUCUUUCAUGUGUAAAAGUUCUAAUUUUUGAAAUUCAAAAAUUUAGCUCUUUGCUCAAACAACAUUCAAGAGUAUUCCAGAGAAUGUUCAUGCUUAGCCCAGCAUCUCUUUCUGAAAUCCUUUAUUGUGUAUGUCAAAAGGUUUGUACCUCCUAUUGUUUGAAACUUCUUUGAGAUUUAUUAGAUACAUAGGUUUUGUUUUCCUCCUCUCUUUAAAGGACAUUUGGACCUGGUUUAGAAAUGCCAAAUAAGUAAAGAUGAUGAAAGGACUCUUAAGAGCUGAAACAAUUGCGUCUGUUGUUUCUCUUUCAUCCAUCUUAUUGCCUGUGAUCUUUCUAAGAUUUUGACUUGGUAGCUCUUGGUUUUAAAAUAUUUUUAUCAGUGUUUUCUGAUGAAAUGGACAGGGAAAAAAAAUCACUCAGCUAUUCUUAUGCAGAAAUUGUUAAGCCAGUAUAAGAUGUUAAGAUUUAAGUGGAGGGACUGAAUUUGUCAUUUUAUUUUUUACAAAUAUAUAUAUUUUUUCUGAAUGUUUCUGAGUCCCAAGAAUGAGCAAAAUAAUAAUAGUAAUUUUCUAGUUUGGACUAAGCUAUAGAGGUUUUUGAAAGUCUGUAUUACUACUAACUUGUUGAAUUGUGAUAAUAUGUCUUAUGUCAUCAAUUGCAAACUUUUCUUUUUCUAAAAUAAAUUAAUUAAAAUCAUGAUUGCAUAAUUUCUACACAAUAUGUAUUUUUCAGAAAUUUGCUAUAUGGCUAUGGGGCAGUGGAAUAAGAAUAAACAAUGAGCCCAAAAUAGGAGUUGACACUGAUUUGCAGGUUAUAAGCAGAGAUAGCCUACUGAGCUAUGGGGGGCACCAAUUUUAUGGGACUGUGGUCUUAACUCCAUUUUUCUUUUUCUUACUCUACCCUAGUGAAAUCAGGAAAGCCAAUUAACUUCUCCCACUUCUGAAUUACAUGCGAUUUGAGGAUAAUGCCACUUAUCUAGAUUAUGAAGUACCUGUGUCUGGCACAUAGCUCAUUAACCGACUGACAUUUAUUUUUUAAAUUUAGUUGACUUAUCACUUCAUUUAGAAUUUUGUCAUUGAUAGAGGGGAAAAAAUUUACUGUAAUUUGAAUUCCUGGUAUUUUUAAAUUUUCUUAGCUAAUUUUCUGCAAUUUUUGAAUUCUGUCAUUUUAUAUAGUGAUAGAAAAUAUUUUAAUAUUGAAAUUAAAACUAAUUAAGUAUUUAGGUUUAGUUAUCUGUGAAAAUUCUCUGGCUUUUCUACUUUAUAGAUGAAAAUGUUACACAAGAAGGUGUAACCUGUCAGUAAGGUUAUUAAUAUGUAUGAAUAUCUUACUUAGAUUUCUGUAUGAUUUAGGCAGAGUUAAAUGCAGGUAUGUCACUGGAGGUAGGUUUUGAGGUUUCCAAAGCUUCCUGUGGGUCAGGAUGUAGCCUGCCUGCCACCAUGCUCCCCAUGAUGAUGAUGAUGGUGAUGAUGUCUUGUGAAGCUGUAAGAAAGCCUCUGAUUAAAUGUUUUUGCAAGAA